UUGUAUAUACAUUUGUACGAUAUGUAUACCCGUUUCGUAUAAUUUCGUAUUUAUUUCGAAAGCGCAGUGACGUUAACUUGUCACAGGAAGUAACGUCAGAAACUGAACUUCCAGGAUUAGUUGCGCGUUCACGUUGGAGGUCAUUUUGCUGUAAAAAAGGCAGUCAUGGGUGGGGAUCACGGACAUGGCAAACUGUCCAUGCCAGACUACAGAGUGUGGAAAUGGGAAGGAACGCCGCUGGAAGCCACCCAGCAGAGACUCGCUCGAAGAGGACUCAGGGACCCCUGGGCUCGGAACGAGGCGUGGAGAUAUACGGGCAGCUUUGGCGUCCCAGUUACCUUCCGAGACGUUCUCCUCCGCGGUUUUAAGACAGGAUUCGCAGCGUUUGCAGUGGCACUGGCAGUGGAGUAUGCUUUCUUUCCUCCAAAGAAGUCAGAGCACUAAUAGCUUGGCUAAAGCUCAGAAGAGCCAGGCGCUGCUGGACUCUGUGUUUGCUGCAGGUUUUAAGCCUGUUUUUGUCUGUCCAUGAAGACGUUAACCCAUGAGAGGUUUCCUAAUACCUGUGUUCAUUCAUCGUUAUGUUUCCUUUCACCAUUCUGUAAAAUAAAUAUAAAUUAACUGAA